CUGCCACUGUUCAUCCCGCCGUCCGAUUCUACGUCGUCGGAGAAGAUCCUCGCUCAAGAAGAAGACGUCAUAUUGUGCAAUUUCAACCUGUACCGCGAGAUCAAAGAUGUCACCGAGCCCCGAAACUCAAAGUACAGAUCAGAGAGUCGCACGAGGGAGACGCACGAGAACCUGUCCGCGACGUUAACCAAAUACGGCGACGUUCUCUGUCAUGAAUGUGGCAGCGUUCAGGGAAAAGAUGAUUUGGCCAAUGGGGAUUCAGAAAAUUUCAUGACCAUUAUGAAAGAAGUGGAAAAAAUUCACCAAUAUGGUAAUAUCCUCUCGUCUGGCUUUUUGUGUGAGUAG